AUGUCCAACAAGGUGGAAUAUGCCUUCCCUGCAGGAGACGAAAGCGAUGGGAGCAACGACGAGUGGGACAUUGGAUUUUCAAAGUCGAUAAAGGUCCCCUUAAUUGAGAGCACAGAUGCAGGGGUCCCAGAAGCAGAGGACAAGGUCUCCAUUUUGAAAAGAGCCAUCAACACCAAAGAUGUCCAGCUGGUCCAGCAGCUGUUGGACAAUGGCCUGGAUGUGGAGACAAGGCUGGGGUUUGAGUGGACACCGCUGAUGUGUGCUGUGCACAUGGCUCACUAUGACAUGGCCAAGCUGCUGCUGGACAGAGGGGCCAGCGCUAACUUCAGCAGAGACCAGUACACUGUACUGAUGGCUGCAUGCACAGCUUCUGCCAGUGAGGACAAGAUCGUCCAGUGUGUGGAGCUACUCUUGUCCAGAAACGCUGAUCCCAACACAUUCACCAGGUCUCGUAUGACAUCCCUGAUGCUGGCGUCCCGGGACGGCUACAGUCAGGUAAUCAACCUGCUGUUGUCACACGGAGCAGAGGUCAACUCCCAGGAUGAAAAUGGGUACACGGCCCUGAGUGUGGCGGUGCAGUACGGAAGAGAAGAGGCCGUCCUCAAGCUGCUACAGCUGGGGGCAGACAAGACCCUCAAGACCAAAGCAGAGAAGAGUGCUGCCGACUUGGCCAAGGUCUUCAAACGACCACAGAUUGCCAGGAUCCUGGCGUCCCCAGGCAAUGCCCUCACCAACGGGCAGGUAACCUCCUCGAAGGAGGAGACCCUCUUCAAGUUCUUCAAGAGGGACCACGAUCUAUCUGCUGACUCCAAGGAGAGUCUGGCCAAACUGUGUGACAUCGAGCUGCUUCUGCACGGACUCAACCUGGAGUACCUCUCUGACAUAAUGCUAGAAAAUGACAUCACUUGGAGCUACCUGGUAACCAUGGAGAAGGAUGACCUGGAGAAGAUUGGUAUCUCCGACCCAGAGGACCAGCAGAAAGUUCUGAGUGCAGUGAAGGAGAUGCAUCUAGACCGGGUCGACCUGGACACUGUCGACCAGCUGGAGAACAUAGACAGCGGAAGUGAGGAGCUGUAUAACUUCCUGAUCAGUCUGAGGCAGCAGUGCUGCUACUUGACAGAGACAGUACAGGAUGUCAUCAGCCGCUUCCCCCGCCGAGCCUCUGAGCUGGUGUUGUCCCUGGACCCUAAGAACGAGGCCCAGGCCAUCUGUAAUGAGCUGGUGGCCCAGACUGGAGACCUGCAGAAAGAGGUCGCCUGCCUCAAGAACCUGCUGCACAAGAUGGACCCAGCAGGAGAUUUCUGCCCACUUCCUCGACCUGGUUCCCACGGCGACUGGAGGAGACGGGUCCUGAAGAGGCUUGCACUGAGCAUGCUUGGAGCAGGCCUGCUGUUUGCCCUGUCCAGAGCAAAGAGUGUCAAGGUUUACCUUUAG